AUGGACGGGAAGGGAAGACAGAUACCUCCAGCCAUGGUGUGGUGUGAGCGGGGGAUCCAGGUGCUCCUCACUACGGUGGGGGCCUUCGCUGCCUUCGCUCUGAUGACAGUGGCCAUCGGCACAGACUACUGGCUGUACGCACGUGCUUUCAUCUGCAACAGCACUGCCAACUCCUCCCAGGAUGACCCGCACAACAAGGACAAGAAAGACCCCGGGGCCCUCACACACUCGGGCCUCUGGAGGAUCUGCUGCCUGGAGGGACUGAAGCGUGGGGUUUGCUCCCAGAUUAAUCAUUUCCCUGAGGAUGCUGAUUAUGACCAGGACGCAGCGGAAUACCUCUUACGUGUAGUCAGAGCCUCUAGUAUAUUUCCAAUCCUUAGUGCUAUUCUGCUGUUGCUGGGCGGAGUCUGCGUUGCGUCCAGUCGUUUCUAUAAGAGCAAGAGACACAUCAUUCUGGGGGCAGGCAUCUUGUUUGUGGUGGCAGGCCUCAGUAACAUUAUCGGGGUCAUCGUGUACAUUUCCGCCGCGCUGAGCGACAUCUCGCCCAAAAAGGACGAGGACAAGAAGUGGCACUACUCCUACGGCUGGUCCUUCUACUUCGGAGGCCUCUCCUUCAUCCUGGCCGAGGUGGUGGGGGUCCUGGCCGUAAACAUCUACAUCGAGCGGAACAAGGAGCUCCGCUGUCGCUCGCGCACCGACCUCUUCCGCAGCACCACCAGCGCCAUGCUCCGCCUCCCCAGCUACCGCUUCCGCCGCCGAUCCCGAUCCAGCUCCCGCUCCACUGACCCGCCCCGCUCCCGCGACCCCUCCCCGACCGCCGGCAAGAACUUUGGCCCGCCCCUGGCCGCCGGCCCGCCGCCGUUUUCCGUGGCCACGCUUCCGAACCCGCACACGCACUCCGGAGGCGGCGUCGGCGACAUCUCCAUGUACACGCUUGGGAGAGAAGCCAAGCUGGGCGGGGCCGGGGCGGGGCCGCCGCCGCCUCUUUACGGCACGGUGGACCGCGCCACACUCUACCAGCUGCACAACUACUUCCCCACCAAAGAGGGAGGAGGGGGGGCCCUCAUGACUGGCACCCUGCCCUCCCUCUCUAAGUCUAACCUGGCGGCGUCAGCGCAAAGCACAGGUGUACCCAGUGCCCCUCUCAACACCUCGUCUUCCACCGGCCCCCUCCUCUCUCAGCAGCCCCCCCCGCUGGCCUCGUCCACAGCCACGCUGGAGAGGGACCGAGGCCUGGGCACGCUGGACCGGCUGGGCAAAGGAGACAGCUCCAACACAAACACACUCAACAGGAGAACUACACCUGUUUAA